CCGUCGCCGCGGCGCCGCUCCUGGGGCCGGUGCAGCCGCCGGGGCGGGGCGGGGCGGGCCAGGCGAGCGGGCGGGCGGGCGGCUCCUCCCCGCCGCCGGGCCGGGCCGGGCCGGGCGGAGCGGGCGCUCGGUGCGGGCGCUCGGCGCCGCUCUCGCCAUGCGGGCGCUGCUGCUCCCGGCGCUGUUGCUCCCGGCGCUGCUGCUCCCGCCGCCGGCCGCGGCGCGUGGGGCCGCCACGGCGCUGGGUGAGGCGGACCAGGUCCGGAUGACCUCAGAAGGCUCCGACUGCCGCUGCAAGUGCAUCCUGCGGCCGCUCAGCAAGGACGCCUGCAGCCGCGUCAGGAACGGCAGCUUGCGGGUGGAGGACUUCUACACAGUGGAGACAGUAAGCUCGGGGGCUGACUGCAAGUGCUCCUGCACCGCACCCCCCUCCUCACUCAACCCCUGUGAGAAUGAGUGGAAGAUGGAGAAGCUGAAGAAGCAGGCACCCGAGCUUUUCAAGCUGCAGUCCAUGGUGGACCUGCUGGAGGGAACACUCUACAGCAUGGACCUGAUGAAGGUGCACUCCUACAUCAGCAAGGUGGUGGCCCAGAUGAACACGCUGGAGGAGACCAUCAAGACCAACCUGAGCAGAGAGAACGACUUCAUGAAGGAGAGUGUCCUGCACCUCACCAACCAGAUGAGACGCUACGAGAACUACUCCGAUAUCAUGAUGAGCAUCAAAAAGGAGAUCUCCAAACUGGGCUACCAGCUGCUGCAGAAGGAUGCUGCUGCCGUCCCUGAGACCAAGGCACAGAACACAGCGGGCGGCCGAGAGAAGGAGGUGGGACGGUACCCCAGCACCCGCAAGGCACUGGGGGACAGGGCAGCCCCCCGAGCACCCAAGGAGAAGCAGCUGAAGCCCGAGAAGCCCAAAAAGGAUAACGCAAAGGCCAGGGGGGGGUCGCAGCCCACGCCCAAGCCCAAGCCACCUGUGCAUCAGCAAACUGUGGUCCGAGGCAUCACUUACUACAAGGCUGGGCAGGUGGGAACAGUGGAGGGACCAGCUGGCAGCCGCGAGAGCCCUGGGAGGGGGGCAGCUGCACCGGAGCGGCAGGAGGAGAGGGGCCCCCCACCCCCCCCAGCUGAGGGCACCCCAGCCCAAGCCGUCAUGCGGGCAGAGACCACUGUGCCCAGCACCACAGCUGUGCCCAGCACCGCCCUGGCCGCCCGCAGCACUGCCCGCGUCAUCCCCGCCACCAUCCUCGGGCAGGGGGCUGACAGCACCGGGGGCCCUGAAACACCAAACAGAGUGAAGGAGGUGGAGUGUGAAGGCACCAUCGAGUCCGUGGAGCCCCCCAUGGAGCACCACAGCUACGGGCGCAACGAGGGAGCCUGGAUGAAGGACCCGGCAGCCAAGGACGACCGCAUCUAUGUCACCAACUACUACUACGGCAACAGCCUGGUGGAGUUCAGGAGCCUCGACAACUUCAAGCAGGGCCGCUGGAGCAACCUCUACAAGCUGCCUUACAACUGGAUCGGCACUGGGCACGUGGUGUACCGGGGGGCCUUUUACUACAACCGCGCCUUCACCAAGAACAUCAUCAAAUACGACCUGAAGGAGAGGUAUGUGGCGGGUUGGGCGCUGCUCCAUGACGUGGUGUACGAGGACACGACACCCUGGAAAUGGAGGGGCCACUCGGACAUUGACUUCGCUGUGGAUGAGAGCGGGCUCUGGGUCAUCUACCCCUCCGUGGACUACGACUACUCGCAGCAGGAGGUGAUCGUCCUGAGCCGACUCGACCCCGGAGACCUCUCGGUGCGCAGGGAGACCACCUGGAAGACAGGGCUAAAGCGCAAUGCCUAUGGGAACUGCUUCAUCAUCUGCGGCAUCCUCUACGCUGUGGACACCUACAGCCAGAAGGAAGGGCAGAUCUCCUACGCCUUCGACACGCACACGGACACGGAGGCAGAGCUCCGGCUGCCCUUCCUCAACCAGUAUGCCUUCACCACACAGGUUGACUACAACCCCAAGGAGAAGGUGCUCUACGCCUGGGACAACGGCCAUCAGAUGACGUACGGGCUGCGCUUCGUGGUCUGAGUGCCCGGCCAGGUCCCAGCCGCAUCCCUGCGCCCACCUUCCACCAUGCCCGGCCGGGGCACCCCGAUGCAGCUGGGCCAGGGCUGCGGCAAGAGCCUGGCUCCCACCCCAGAACCCUCCCCGUCUGCUGUGCCCCAGUCAGCUGCACCGUGCCUGUGGCAUUGCAGGGCAGGGGAUGUGGUAAGUGCAGCCCCCAGCCGACACCCCCACGACAACGUGGCCCCAGGGGCCAUGGGGCUGCCCCACAGCCAGCAGCUCGUCCAGCGUUGCCUUCCUGGGGACACCGGAGAGGAGCUCAGCCCUGUGUCCCUGCAACACCGGGAGGCAGCCGAGUCUGCACCACUGCUGGUAUGGCAGCACCUGCCCCAUGCCACCGCACUGAGCACCCGCCUGUGCUGCGCCCCACCUGAGCACCGCUCUGCACACCGCACUGACCACAGACUCACCGUCACCGUAAAGGUGUGAGUGCCUUACCAGCCUGGUGCCGGCUGCAGGGCUCCGUGCCCUCGCCUGCGCCAAGUGCCGCGGGGCGGGCAGGGCCCCCUCGCUGCCGGGGCAGGAGGAACAGCUGCUGAUUGCUAUUUUAGGAGACGUGAUUAAGAUGCCUUUGCUUUUGCCGCUCAUUAGCUUAUUAUUUAAAUGCAUUCACCAGAGCCAUGCGAAGUCCCCUCUCCUGGCAGGGGGUGCAGAGCAGCAUGGCCGCAGUGCCGGGGUGCCCAGCCGGCACCCAGCACCGGUGGGGAGGAGGCACAUGCGGCGAGGGAGCCCGGGGCCAUCCUGCUCUCCGCCUAAGGCAGGGCAAGGGGCCAGCAGCGCUUGGCUUGGGUUUGGUCAUUUUAGACAUGAACAGUAUUAAAAAAAUAACAGAUGUGAAA